ACCCAUCAGAAUGCAUUAUGACUACUUAUAACGCGGCCUUUAAUUCGCUACACUUUCGCAAGGUUUUUACCAACUUUGGACGCAAAUAUGCCUCAAACUAUGCGGCACGCAUUAGUCCAGAUCACAUGGCAAUUAACAUGACAUUGGAUAUAAUUCGACCACUAACUGUUGAUCUUUGGCUGAAAGUGAGCAUCGCGCAGCGUGAAACGAAAAGUAGUUAUCGAACGAUAUUUGCCUAUAAUAUGAAUCUGUGCAAUUUGCUUGGCAAGGGCAAAGGCAUGAACGUCUUCCAUAGUUGGGUGCAGAACAUCUAUAGGUAUACAAAUAUGCCUCGAAGCUGUCCGAUUAAAGAGGGAAAUUAUUACUGGAAGAACCUGCGACCCGAUAAAGACAGCAUUCCCGCUUUCAUAAUGACCGGUUAUUUUCGCAUUGAUUCCUUGUUUUAUUUGCGGGACUGGGCCAAUGAUAUGCUAACGAAUACCUCAAUGUUUGUGGACAUUAAAAUGAAGUAG